AUGGGAAAAAGCUUUCUCGGAGACGACGGUGACGACUCUCCACUGAACAAUGAUCCCCUUGAGCUCGAGGUCGAUGAGGAUUACGCUCUUAAGUUGGCGUUCAAUAGGGAGCGCGAGGAUCGCCAGAAAUACGACGAGAUGGUGAAAGGAGGUCGAAUCAGCAAGGACGACGACGAGCUCAAGGUCGAGGAUUCAGACGAAGAAGCAAAAAUUCCAGAAAUGUCUGACCCAGAGGAUGAUCGCGUAGACCUUUUCGAUAAGUUGGUUAAGUAUAAGAGACGGGAGUAUCCGGCGAAGGUUGAGGUUAAUAAGGAGGAUGGGGAGGAGAAGAAGAAGAAGAGGAGGAAGAAGAAGAAGAAUGAGGAGGAGGGGAAGGAGAAGAUGUAUCUGAAAGACGUUCAGGCGAGGCAAUUGCUCGAGAACGGUCCAGAGUUUGAUGAAGAAGACGAAGAGAGGAUUCAGACUCGCGAUGAGGAGCAGGAGGCUUUAAGGCAAGCUGUAGCCGACGCUGUGGAGGCUGGAGGGAGCGAGAGUGAUGAUGAUAGUGAUGAUGAUGGUGAUGAUCUGUUGAGAGUGAAGGAAGGAGAUGAUUUGGAAGUUGACGAUGAGGAGGUGAAAAAGAAAGCGGAUGAAUACUUCGGCGACGAAGCUGAGCUUGACGAAGGCAAUAAGUUCCUGAGAGAUUACUUUCUGAAACAGAUGUGGAAGGAGAAAGAGGGAAAGAUUGAUCAAGCAGAGUUGGAUCAGCUGGAGGAAGAAUUCGAGGAGGUCAAUGAUCAAGAGAACUAUGAGUUGAAGUUUAGGCAUCAGGAGAAGAAUGCAGAGGAGACGGUUAUGGGUCAUUCUAGGAUUGUUGAAGGGUCGGUGAGGAAGAAGGACAGCUCGAGGAAAACGCAGAGGAAGAACAAAGAGGCGAGAGAGAAGAUGGCUGAGAUUGAGAGGCAAGAGGAGGUUAAGAGGCUGAAGAAUGUCAUGAAGAAGGAGAUUAACGAGAAGAUGAAGAGAGUGCUCGCUGUCGCUGGUUUUAAAGAAGGUGAUGAAAUUGCUUUAGGUGCUAAAGACCUUGAUGAUGAGUUUGAUCCCGUUAAGUAUGAUGAGAUGAUGAAAGCUUUGUAUGAUGAGAAAUACUAUGGUGCGGAGGAUGAUGGUAUGCGUAGUGAUGAGGAUGAUGAGAAACCGGACUUUGACAAGGAAGAUGAAUUGCUUGGACUUCCAAAGAACUGGGGUGUGAUUCAGAGUGGGGAUGGUUUUGAAGCUGCCAAGGAAAAGGUUUCGAAACUUAAGGAGAAUGUCUCUUCUUCUGAUGAAGAGGAGGUCGAAGAGGAAGUAGAAGAGGUGGAAGGGAGAGAGGGGAAGAGGAAGAGAAAGCAAAAGAUUUCUCUUGUGAAACGAGUCAAGGAAGAGUUGAUGGAUGAGUACUACAAGCUAGACUACGAGGGUACGAUUGAUGAUUUGAAAACGAGGUUCAAGUUUGCGAAAGUUCAGCCAAACAGCUACGGGCUAAAGACUUCGGAUAUACUCGUCUUGGACGACUCGGAGCUGAACCAGUUCGUGCCAUUGAAGAAGAUGGCUCCGUUCGUGGAAAAGGAUUGGGAGGUGAAUAAGUACAAGCUCAAGGAGCAGAAAAUGAAGAUCAGGGAGGUGUACCAGAGGAUCAGGGAGAACAAUGACGAGAAGAGAAGCAAGAAGAGAAAGAAGAGUGAUGUCGUUGAAAAGACGAAACCUGCACCGGUGGUAGAAGAGGAAGUCGAGGAAGAUGAAACAAAGCUGUCGAAGAAGGCCAAGAGAAGAAGGCGUGAAGCUGAGAAGAAGCUUCCUGCAAACAGAAUGGUUGCUUAUGGGAAGACACCAAAUUGA